CUACAAAAUUAAUAGAAAUAUUAAAAAUAAUUUAAUAAUAGAAUAAAAAUAAAAUUUGAACAUUUUGAUUGAGUGACAAAAUAUGUGAUUUAAAAAAAACAUUCGUUUAUCUCUGUUCUUUUUGUGCGUUUCUGUGUUCUCUUUAUUGGCAUAUGUCUCAAGGUCAUUGCAAAUACACUGUGUUGUAUACUUCCCUUCUUGAUAUUAGGUCAUCAGUAUUAUAGAAAUGGAAAGUUCAAAUUUUUAUUCCGGACGAAAGGUCACCGGCCAAUUGGCCGGACUAUUGGGAUUCCUAUUUGGCACCAUUUUAUUUGCAUUUCUAUGCUAUGUACAAAGUGAAAUGUACCAAGAAACGGGAAUAAUUAAUAAAUCGAUGAUUUUGAUGUCUGCGGUUGAUGUACUGGCAACCAUCAUGUGGCUGUGGGGAAGUCUUAAGGGUAAAAAAGGAUUGAUGCUAAAGUCGUUGAUUCUUUGGGGCGCAUCUUUGAACCUGUGGGUGGGCUAUAUAUUUCUAUUGACAAUAAAAAGCAUACCCUAUGGUCCAGAUCUGUAUUAUAAGUACAGCACUUUCGAAACGUUGAUUGGACCUCUAACCCUGGUACUUGUUCUAUCUUUCAUUACCUUAAUGUUGAUUUAUAAUGCAUUCGGAAAAGGUGUGGAAAAAAUCUUUAAAUGUGACUGCAAAUUAUAUGGAUAUAUCCUUGGUUGGAUGUUGAAAGCAUUUACUGUUGGACAAACUUUACUAUUUUUUUCGCAGUCGAAACAAUCGGAUUUCUAUCUAUAUGGUGGGAUUUUGGUACUUGUCCUGAAUUUAGUGGCGGCAUGUACUUGGCUGUAUGGAAUCACCAAAUUCAAAAUAGUAUUCAUGGUGAUUGCACUGAUAUGUUGGUUGAUACCAUUGGGUAUUUGGAUCGGUCUCAUUAUUUACGGUAUAAUGGACAAAGGAUACAAUCCGGGAAAUCGUCGGAGCAACACUUUUAAUCCAAUUUAUUCAAUAACAGUAUUUUACACGGGACUGUAUAUCUUUCUUGCAUGCAUUUCGAGACGAAUAGUAGCUAGUCACAGAAACGGACCAGAGAGAGAUCAAUUUAACAUUACAUACGCACCACCACCAAACCUCCAUAACAAGGAUACUGCUUAAUAACGAAAGGGUGUGCAAUCACUCCUUUCUCAAAAAUGCCAUAAAAAAACAACAAAUUAAUAUGAUAGAUUUAUGUAGUAAAUUACGUAGUGUGCACAGAUUUAAGAGUUUUGAUAGAGUCAUGAGAAAAGUUCUUUUUACUACAAUGGAAUCUCAAUUUGUGUGAAUGUCCGUCUUUUUCGUUAUUUGUCAUGGAGUAAGUACCGUUCCAUCUAGAGGCCUUACUUCAUAAAUAGCAUUGAGAACGACAAAACUAAAAAGGACUAUGUCUUUUUGGGAUACAACACGAAAAUUAUCAAUUUCGUCUCAUUUCAAUAUCACAUGGGCCCGAUUUCACCAAAUUUAAAAUCUUCUUGUUUUCAACUGUCUCUUUUUUGUCAACAAUAAAGAAAAUAUAGCCUAUUAAGAAAUCUAUAUAAGAAAUCUGUUGCUAUUGGAUGAAAAGGCAGAAAUUAAAAAAAGAGAAUUUUAAAAUGCAGGAGAAUGUUGAAAUCGGGCACUGAACACUGAUUUUACUUACUCCAUGUAUGACAGUGCCCGAAUCUCAUGUAGAUUUACAUGUUAUUUUUUAGUAUUUCGAAUAUGUCUUCGACAAAAAUCCGUCCUACAUUGUGCCAUACUCUCAAUGCCUUCAAAGUAAAAUUGCAUUUUUUUCCUGAAGAUGAACUGAACUGGCGAAUCAAACUCAAGUCGAAAAGUCGAACACUUUUUAUUGAAUAGCAUAUUUUCGAUUAAAAUUCAAUUUAAUGAUAAAAACAAUAAAAAACGCCCCAAAUGUGUAAUUACAUAUAAGCCCCAAUGUUCAAAUCGACUUGACUUGAAUUUUGUUUUAUGUUGCAGUGUUGUCAAGUGUUGUAUUGCCUGCAAAUAAACUCAAUAAAAAUACA